ACGAUUAGAACGUGCCAUAUUUUAGACGUGAAUGAGUUCGGCUUCGAAGAAGGGAUUAUUAAUAAACAAAAAACCAAACAGAUAAAAAAACGUGACCAAUUUAUUGAGAAGUGAAAGUGGAAAUUAGAAGAGAUCAAUUAAAAAAAAAAAUCCCCAAACAAAAUUGCAUUAUGUUAAGCCUUAUAAUUAAAAUAUCCUUUGUGUUGACCACCUUUAGAUUGGCGCUAGUGAAUUCAGCACCAACAGUGACAAAUGCAAAUCUCUUUCUGGAAUGCUCUUGUUUACAUGCCCAAGAUCAUAAUGGCACAUCGAAAAUGCCAACAUUUGUCGCAGUGAAUGCUUCAAUGGCCCGUCACGCCAAAAACGAUUGCUUAGUGAUUUUCAUUACCGGCUCGAAUGAGGAAAUCAUUUCGUUGCGUUUUAAGCAUUUACAACUACGACCCAACUGUUUGGAUUACAUAGAAAUUUUUCCAUAUCUACGUGAAGCGGUUGUCGAGAAUACCACUAUGCCCGAGUACGUAUUCUGCAAUUACAGCAUACCCCAAACCUCAGUGGCCAACCAACAACCAUCUCCGGCCAUAACAAGCGCCAGUAGUAACAACAGCACUGGGACAAAUGAAAGCAUUGCGGUAGCCAAUGUGUCCAGCCCACAUGGCAUAUCGAAUAUUGGCUCACUUCCCAAUGUGACAUCGAUUGCCAACGCUUCCACCACGACGACCCUCAUGAACGUUAAUGAUUUAUCACCUCACGAAUUUAUUUAUAGUUCAGGCAAAAUAUUCGCUUUGCGUUUACGCUUUAAUAGCAAACCUCCCAAGCCAGCAGUAAGUGUGGCAGAAGCAGCAGCAGCAGCUGAGGAAAGUGCUCCACAAAAAAUCAAUGAAGACUGGAAUUUGAAUGUCACUGCAGAAUAUCGAUUUUUGAAAAAGGAUAAUUUUAAAAAUGAUGGCCGUCUCAUACCAGGCACCUAUUGUGAUUACUACUUCUUUGCCAAUCCAGAUGUAUCGACAAAAUCAUUGGAAAUUUGGAAAUAUUUUCACUCACCUCGUUUUCCGGCUAAAUAUCCGGCUCAUAUUAAAUGUUCGUUUAAGUUUAUAGGAAGACCAGAAACAAGAGUUGAGCUAAUUUUCGAAGAACUUCAAAUACCUAUGGAUGGAGAGAGAUGCAAUUUGGACAAGCUAACCAUCUUCGAUGCUGAAUCGGCCAAUAUGAAUGCAGUCAUUGAUGUCUUGUGUGGCAAUUCUUCCAGUGGCAUUCGUCACAUCCUGAGCACGGGACCGGAUUUAUUGAUUGAAUUCAAUGGCAGUUCGAAUGUAACGGCCAAAGGAUUUCGUGGGAAAUUCAAAUUUAUACCAAAUAAUGAAAUUAUGGAAAUGAAAAGGACAAACAAAGCCACAGAUAUACCUUUUGUGGCUGAUAUGUACAGUGGUGUUGGUGAUAGUGGUAAUGUUGUAGUAGUUCUGGAUCCUUCCAAUAUGAUUUCAGCUAGUAGCAACAAUAAAGAUAGCGUCCUUGGUGCUGUUGGCCCUAUUGUUGCCCGCAAGCACAACUUGAUGGCUUUCAAUGCCAUGGACACUGCAAAAGUCCACCCAAUUCCUGCAAAGGAUGACAAGAAAGCCUUGCAAAGUAAUGCACAAGAUCGUCCCCACAUGCCCUUCAUAUGCUAUCUCUAG